ACAACAGAACCACAGUCAAAAUUUCAUUACUCUUUUUGGCUCCUUUUCGAGAGGGAAAAUGAAAAAAGAGAAACCCUAAAUUCUCCAUCUUCGAUCUCCAAACUCCCGUCAAUCCCCCAACCCCUAACCCUAACUUCACCCCAAUUCACCACAUCACAAACCCUAACCCUAAUCCUAAUCUCUGAAAGCCUCGAUGGAGCUCGUCGGAACAGAGAUCACGAAGAAAUUUAAGGGCUUUGGCGUCUUCACUGGCACCGUUCAGUCCUACGACGCGGCCGCCGGGUUCUUCAGGAUCCAAUACGAGGACGGAGACUCUGAGGAGGUCGAUUUCGAAGAAAUGAGUUCAAUUCUCAAGGAAAUGUGCGGAUCUUCCCCCAAAUUGGAUCACUCCGUUCGAAAGAGCAACAGAGGCCGUCCACCUAAGAAACGGCAGCGAUUCGACGAGAGUUCGACUGUGAAUCUUGAAAAGAGUGAGCUUGAUGAAACCCCAGGGAGUACGGCUGUUCGAAGGAGCGCUCGGAGAGCUUCGAAGCGUGAGAAUGCAUUGGCUUCUGAGGAUGAUGAUUUGGGUGGUGUUGGCAAAGAGCUUGUUUCGGUGAAGCCUGAAUUGCCGCCAUCUUCAAAGGAUUUAGAUAUAGAUGGGCUCAAUGUGUUUGAUCUGUUCUCGGUUUAUACGUGUUUGAGAUCGUUUAGUAGGCUGUUAUUCUUGAGCCCUUUUAAAUUGGAGACCUUUAUAGCUGGAUUAAGGUGUAAUUAUGCUAACUUCUUGAUUGAUUCUAUACAUUUUUCGAUAUUGCAAGCGCUGAAGCCACAUUUGGAGUCACUUGCGGAGGAGGGGUCUCAAUCAGCUUCAGAUUGCCUUAGGUACCUUAAUUGGGGGUAUCUAGACUUGGUUACAUGGCCUGUGUUUCUUAUCUACUAUUUGGUAAUUAAUCGACCACAGAUGAAGCCGGGUUUUAGGCUUAGUCAAAUGAAACUCUUGGAUUCAGAGUACUAUGAACUGCCUGCUGCGGUCAAGCUUGAAAUACUUCGAUGUCUUUGUGAUGAUGUUAUUGAGGUGAAUACUAUUAGAUCAGAUAUCAAUAGACGGAUGAGCUCUGAAAUUAAUGUAGAUGCACCACUCCUUAAUGUAAAUAUUGGGAAGAAAAGAAAGUCUUCUGCCAGUAUUGAUCCUGCAGAUAAGGAAGGGUCGGAAGAAGUAGAUGAUGGGAAUUUUGACGAGUGUUGUCUUUGUGGAAUGGAUGGUAGUUUGAUAUGCUGUGAUGGGUGUCCUGCUGCUUUUCAUUCGAAAUGUGUUGGGGUGGCUAAAGAUCUUUUGCCUGAAGGAGAGUGGUAUUGCCCUGAGUGCAUGGUGGAGAGAAGCAAUGGUGCAAUAAAGUCAUCAAAGCCCUCCAGCAGUGCAGAGCUUUUGGGUAUUGAUCCUCAUGGGCGACUGUACUUUGGCAUCUGUGAUCGUCUUUUGGUGUCUGAUUCAUGUGAACCAGAUGCUUCAUUUCAUUAUUACAAUAAGGACGAUUUGGAUGCUGUUACCACUGUGUUAAAGUCAUGCUAUUCCUAUAAUGCUAUUAUAAAUUCAAUAUCCAUGUACUUUGGGUUUCCUAUUGGUGCUUCUGUUGUCAAUAAUCAACCGGGGUAUGAUAUUCUUUAUGAUGGGAAAGAAAAUCUGGAGUCUCAAGUGCACAAUGAGCUUCCUUUAACUUCAGGACAUAGUGUUUUAAAUGAUGUUGAUGCUGAAAAGUUACCAUUGGAGAACUCUUUUUCUUCUGAAAAUUGUGCACCUAAAGGUUCUCAACUUUCAGAUUUAGGCCACUUGAAUCCAGUGGUUUCUUCAUGUUUUGAACCAUUUGAUGAGAAGGUUGAUGCUGCUACCUGUAUUGAAAUGCCUCAGCAAACUGCUACUGAUUUCCCCACUGAUUUGGUUGCUCCUCCUUUGCAAGUUGUUUCUUUAAACAACACUGAUUUACCUGCAGCUUCAGAUAAGUGCAAUGGUGUCCCAGGUUGGGCCAAUAUAACUGACAGAAAGAAAGGUGCAUGCUCGGAGCUGCAAUCUGAUCCUGAUAAUUACAGCAAUUGUUAUAGUUUUGGUCGCAUAGCUUCAUUAGUAUUUGCAGAGUUUGUGCGUAAGUCAUCAGAAGAAAAGAGCAAUGACCCCAAGAAGCCUAUUGAAGAUAUAAAAUCAACACAGCUCAAAGCAAUAUCUAACCAGUCCAAAGAAUGCUGGUUUGCUUAUCAGAAACUAUCUAUUGAUGUGCAGAAAGAGAACUGUGGUUGGUGUUUUUCUUGCAGAGCAUCCGAUAAUUUUGAUUGCUUGUUUAAAGUUGCAAUUAACAAGAACUUAGAAGGUCCUAAAGACAAAGAUCUUAAAAGAUCUAAGGACAGAGAUCAUGAAGAUUCUAAGAUUAGAAUAGUUGGACCCAGUUCUCAGAAGAAUGAGAAAAACCACAUUAUCUUUGCUGUGCAUCAUAUUUUAUCAAUUGAACAUCGUGCUCGUAGUCUUUUGUCUGGUCCAUGGCAGAAGGCACACUAUAGUGAACAUUGGCGGAAGACUGUGAUGAAGGCAUCUGAUGUUGCAUCAUUAAAGCCCCUUCUUCUUGCUUUAGAAUCAAAUUUGCGGCGUGUUGCAUUUUUGGGAGAAUGGUCAAGAUCAAUGGAUGAUGCUCGUUCUAUCGCCUCAGCUUCUAUUGUUACAAGUCCAGUCCAUGUAUCUUCUAACUGUGUUGGCAGUAGAAAACGGGGGAGAAAAAGUAUUUCUACUAAUGAACUAAGUAGUAUGUCUCGUCGUGCUACAAUAUCAGAUAUUUGUUGGUGGAGAGGUGGAAGACUAUCACGGCAACUGUUCCAAUGCAAGGUGUUGCCACGAGGAUUGGCUUCCAAAGGUGGCCGCCAAGCUGGAUUUAGAAAGAUUCCACAUAUGUUAUAUCCUGACAAUUCAGACUUCGCCAAGAGAAGCAAAUAUGUUGCCUGGCGGGGUGCUGUUGAGAUGUCGCAAACUGUGGCACAGCUCAUAUACCAGGUUAAAGAUUUUGAUUCAAGCAUCAAGUGGUCAGAACUUUCUAGUACUCGUCUUUUUCCUAAGUUGGCAAAGGAAUCAAAGAAGAUUGCUAGGCAAAUGAGGAAUGUUACUAUAUGUGGAAAGUCCAAACAGGGGGAACAAAUGAAAUAUUUGCUUGACUUUGGUAAGAGAGAGACUGUUCCGCCCCUUGUUAUGAAACAUGGAGUUUUGCUUGAAGAAUCCUCUACUGAAAGAAAAAGAUAUUGGUUAAGUGAAGCUCAUGUUCCUCUGCAUCUUUUGAAAUCUUACGAAGAGAAAAAGAUGAAGAAAAGGACAGCCCGUUUAUUGAAAAAGGUUGAUUCUGGAAUGCACCGUGUGAAGGAUUCUGGAGAACAGAGUAUGAAGGAAACCAAAUGUAAAAUGAAGAAAAGAAAAAAGUCAGAAUGGCAUUCUUACCUUAUAUCGAAGGAACAAGAAACUGAAACACAAGUUUGUGGGCAUUGUAACAAAGAUGUACUCGUCAGGGAGGCUGUCAACUGCCAGCUCUGCAGUGGCUUUUUCCAUAGGAAGCAUUUCAGAGUGCCUAAAGGUGUUGUAACUACUUCUUACACAUGCAACAGAUGCAAGGAUGCAAAGACCAUGAGUGGGAAAGAUAAACAGAGAAAAACUGAGAAAUCAAAAGAGGACACGACCAACGUGAAAACAAAAGAAGAGAACAUAAAUAGUAUGAAUUUGAUGGACAGGGAAAUAAGCACUGUUAAUGUUACAGCCUGGGGCAAAAGAAGUGUGAUGUUAAAAAAGGAGAUAAAAAGCAAGAUUGUAGGAGAUAAGGACAAAAAAAGCAUGAAAGUUGAAGAGAGCUGCAGAAGAAGCGAGAGAGUAAGACAAAAGAGCAUAGGAAAUGGGAAACUAAAAUCUCAAGGACAUAAAAAAGUUUCAAAAAAGAGAAAAAUAUCUGAAGGUAAAGCGGUAGAGGCGAAAGAGGAUAAAGGGAAACAUGUUGUUACAAAGAUUAAAAUUAAAUUUAAUGGCCCUAAGAGAAGCGAGGAAGGUAUAUCUGAAAGAACAAGGGCUAAAAUUAAAUUUAAUGGUCCUAAGAGAAGCAAGGAAAAUAAAUCUGAAAGUGCGAAGUCUGAAAAAUAUGAGAAUGGAAUCAGUUGGCGUAAGAGGAAGAGAUCAGUUGUUCGUUUUUCUUACUGGCUGAAUGGGCUCCUAUGGACACAUAAGGCAGUUACUGAAGGACAAAGUGAUUUUAAAGAAAGAAAUGUAAUUCUACCUUUUCAACAGGAUCUGAUUACAACACCAUGUUGCUGUCUUUGCCAUCAAGAAUACAAUUCUGGAGUUAUCUAUAUUAGUUGUGAGCGCUGCCAAGGUUGGUUCCAUGGAGAUAUAUUUGGCCUGGCUGUUGAGAACAUCAAUCACUUGAUCGGGUUUCUAUGUCACAAAUGCCGCAUGAGAGAUGAACCUGUAUGUCCCUUCUCAGAUGGCACGAUUGGUGGUGCUGAGUUAGAUAGAAAAUAUGAAAUUGGGAUGAAUGUCAUGGGCAAUGAGGGCCAAAAUGAUGUAGAUCAGCAAUAUGGUGAUCCUGUACUUUGCAAGGACGGAUAUUUGGAUGAAGAUUGUUUGGCUAGAGUUCAGAGUAAGGACCGUUUUGAUAAGUUGCAAAGAGAGAAUGUUCCUGAAGAGGAACUUUGCUUGUCCUCUAAUUCUAAAUUAACAAAUGGACACCUUGCACAUCUCCAACAGAAGAAUAAUUUUGGAGAGUUUCGUAAUUGUGUACGUGAAUCUUGUCCUUCUAUAGUUCAAAGUCAAGACCAUAUGGAUGAGAAGCGAAGGGAGGAUGUUACACUACAUGAAGAGGAACCUUCUUCGUGCCCUAAAAGUGUAUCAGAAAAUCUGGACAAUGUCCAGUUACCUCAGGUAGAAGAAGCAUAUAUUUCAUCUACCAAAAAAGAGAGUGUAGUUGAAGUAGGAGUUGCUUUGCCUGAAGCACGGGAGGAGUUAUAUGGAAUGAUUGAGAUCCCUGAUCCUGGUAUAGAAGUUGGUAUUCACAGUGACUCUAUUAAAUUUGACCCGCAGAUAACUCUACCAGCACUAAAUUUGGAUGAUGCUGAUAGGGUUACGGGUUAAAGCUUUUUUUAUUGGUGGGGUUUUUUU